ACUUCCUCUAAGAGUUAGGCCUCAACUAUUUGUGUCUCUUCAUUUACAUUUUGCACAUAACGGGGAUGGCGGGUACGAGAAUCACAAACCUUCAGAAUGCUGGGAAACAGAUACCGCUGAUUCUGCCUCCUCAGCCUCCCCAGCACAGCGCUGCAGCACAGGGAGCCGUUCAGAUGAGGAUAAAGAACUCUCAGAGCCCCGGAGACCGCCUGAGCCAGUCCAAGUCCAUGGUCCUGCAGGACUCGGAAGUUCCUCAGAAACCUAUUUCUCGGCAUCGCAGGAAUCAAUCUCAGCACGGUGUGGUUCUCACGGCAGCAGCAGCAUUUGAACCGCUGGUGGACAUAAAAGGCGAACACCUUAACGUGGCUAAGAUCUCAGAGAAUGGUAAGAAGCAGAGGAAGAACUGGACUUCGAUGUGGACAGUGCUGACCACGGAUGAGCUGCUGCUUUAUAAAGACAAGCAGGAAACUGGCGUGAAAACAGGAGGUAAAACAGAUGUGGUUCAGCUUUGCGGGGCCGUCAUUGAGUGGACAACGGAGAAGUCAAGCAAGAAAAACGUCUUCCAGAUCACAACUAAAACAGGCAGUGAGUACCUCAUCCAGGCUGAAAGUUACUCCACUGCCAGCAAGUGGCACGACGCCAUCAGAAGAAACGUCGACUCAUCAACUAAAGAAGACAGAGGCUUCGCUUUGCGGAGGUCCAACAGCUCUGAGUUGGUGCCCAGGCACAGCUCCUUACCUGGACAUGGAUCAGCCUCGCCCACCACCAAGCAACGGAACCCAGUUCACAGACGCUCCAUCAACAUGUUUGGCAGCUCAAAGCUGAAACACAGCGCGUCAGACAGCGCAGACAAGAAUGGAGUGAAGAACAGACUGAAAAAGUUCAUCAUCAGACGCCCGUCCAUGAAGACGCUGCAGGAGAAAGGCCUCAUCAAAGACCGAGUGUUUGGUUGCCACCUGCUGACGCUCUGCGAACGUGAAGGAACCACAAUUCCAAAGUUUGUGAAGACUUGUUUAGAAGCUGUGGAGAAACGAGGUCUAGAAGCAGACGGGAUUUACAGAGUCAGUGGGAAUCUGGCCACAAUCCAAAAACUGCGCUUCAUUGUUGAUCAAGAGGAAGAGUUGGACCUGGAUCACACUCAGUGGGAAGACAUCCACGUCAUCACAGGAGCUCUGAAGAUGUUUUUCCGUGAGCUGCCAGAGCCGCUGUUCCCCUUCAGGUUCUUCCAACAGUUUGUGGAUGCAGUCAGGAUUAAAGACUCAAGACAGAAAACGCAGGCUGUGAAGAAACUGAUCCAGCAGCUACCAAAACCCAACCAUGACACCAUGAAGCUGCUCUUCAGCCACCUGCAAAGAGUUCUGGGUUUUUCAAAGAAGAAUCUGAUGUCCACUCAGGGUAUUGGUAUUGUGUUUGGGCCAACACUGAUGUGGCCUGAGCUGGAUGGAGGAAACAUGGCGGUCAACAUGGUUUACCAGAACCAGAUCGUGGAGUUCAUCCUCAUCGAGAGUCGAGAGAUAUUCAGCCUUGAUAAAAAGUAAGAAGAGCAGGAAGUCAGAUGAGACUGAUGGACUCAGAUUCCCUCAUCACCAGUAGAAAAUCAUUCAACUGAAGCAGCGUUUGGUUGCCUGGAGUGUAAAAAGAAUUAAAUGUAUUGAAAUGUUUGAUCAUUAGUCUUUUUUCAUACACAAACAUGUGAAGUUGAUCAAAUAAAACUGUAAAUAUUAAAAUAUUAUAACCUUGCAA